AUGGAGGACCGAAGUGGUUCGGUGCUGGCUAUAGCCCUCACCUUCUUGAUCUUAACAUAUAUCACCGUUGGCCUUCGUUGCUAUGUCAGGAUCUUCAUGGUGAAGGGAUUCGGCAUUGACGACUACUGCAUGGUCGUCACACUUUGCUUUUUCACCGGCUAUCUCGUGUCUCAAAUCGGCGGUGCUCUCCACGGAACAGGUGUUCGCCGCGAGAAACUCACCGACGAACAAGCGCAAACGGCCCUUCACUUCUGGUUCUUCUGCGAAAUAUUCUACACAUUAUCGACAUGCAUGCUCAAGAUCGCCGUCGGGUUCUUCUUGCUGCGGAUUACCGUCGUGCAGAUGCACAUCUGGCUCAUCCGGUUCAUUAUGGUAGUUUCUGCCAUCGUGGGAGUCGCAUACACAUCGGUCGUCAUCUUCCAGUGCAAGCCGGUCUCGUUCUGGUGGGACCUGAACCCUAAUCACCAUGGCACUUGCUUGUCAGCGACACUAGUCAUGAACUUCACGUUCGUGGUUUCUGGACUCAACGCGUUUGCGGACUGGAUGUUUGCGAUUCUCCCGGUCCUGAUCGUCAAGGAUCUCCACAUGAAGAAACGCAUGAAAGUCAUAGUCGCUUCCGUCAUUGCUCUUGCCGCAGUUGGUUCGACAGCAACGAUCAUCCGUCUCCCGUACACGACCUCAUUGAAGGGAUACAAGGGCGACUUCCUCUACCGAACAACCGAUUUUGCGAUCUGGAGCACAGUAGAGGUGGGAUUGGGCAUAACAGCUGGUUCUAUCGCGACACUGAGGCCUCUCAUGAAGCAGGCUCUCGAGAUCACUCGCUCGGCCUCAGCUUUACCCUGGAGUAAGCCUUCGCUGAACUCCGGCCCGCUGCAGUCGGGAACCCAACUGGGCACGCUCAAGCCUUCGAUAAAGAAGUCGAUCACAAUCACUACCUCCAGGGCACGGAGAGAGAGCGCCAGCUCUGACGAGGAGAUAAUACUGGGCAGAAGCCAGCCAUCGGAAGCAUGGCAGCAGCAGCAGGGACUGCCUGGCUACGUUACGUCUACCGUUCUAGAUGAACGUGAGAAGCGACAAAUAUCAGAGAAGAGUCGCCAACAUAAGACAGAACGUGAAAGAAGAGGCAGUCCUGGAGGGGCCAGCGACUCCACUCUCGACAGCAAAUCGACUGGAAAGGCCGCAAAGGUCCAUGAGCGUUUUUGA